CACUAUGUCUGUUUCAUACCCUCUUUCUUUUGACUUUUCUUCUUACUGAGCUCCUGGUGACCAACUGUUAUUGUGCUGUCCACAUGUAUAUUUUUAGAUUCAUUUGAUCGUCAUUGUGAGUAGAGGAUUAUGUGUAUAUGAAGAUCUCAGGGUCCCCCUAUGACCCCGGGAGCAGAGGUUGAUGUUCCAAAUGAAUAGUUCAGUCAUAUUACAACAGCCACUUAUAAAGAGGUCUCAACAGAAAAGGAGAACUUCUCCAGCCAACUUCAAGUCAAGGGUCUUCAUCCUCACUCACACCUCACUCAACUAUUAUGAGCAUCGAAAUGGGAAAGUGCGCAAUCUUCGUGGUUUUGUGGAAGUGCCUCGUAUUAAAUGUGUAGAAAUAGUGACAACCGAUGUCACAAUUGCCUGCAGAAACAAAUACGCCUUCCAGGUCGUCCAUGAUAAUUAUUUUUUAUACAUCUUCGCCCCCGACAAAGAGAGUCGGCAACAAUGGGUACUGGCUCUAAAAGAAGUGACAAAGAACAACCAUUGUCUGAUGCCCAAGUAUCACCCCAACUUCUGGGUGGAAGGUCGGUGGAGAUGCUGCUGCCAGACAGAGAAGAUGGCAGCAGGAUGUACUCUAUAUGACCCAAACAUUGGCUGGAAACCGCUUCCACCCACUCCAGUUGACAACAGGAAGAGCUUUUUAGAUCAAGGUUGGGCAGUGGCGCUAUAUGAUUACACAACAGCAAAUUCCCAAGAGCUGGCACUCUGUAGAGGGGAAGAAUAUCUCCCACUGGACAUCUCAGAACUUCAUUGGUGGAAAGUGCAGGAUAAAAAUGGACAUGUUGGUUAUGCCCCAAGCAGCUUUCUGGCAAGGCAGAGUGAAGACAGCCUGCUGACCUAUGAGUGGUACAACAGGAACAUUAGCAGAAACCAGGCUGAAAAGCUUCUCAUUGAUAAGGGCAAAGAAGGAGCUUUCAUGGUUCGGGAUUCAAGAGAGCCAGGGAAGUACAGUGUAUCCAUCUUCACCAAAUCCUUAGGGGAUGGAAUUCACACAGUAAAGCAUUAUCAUAUUCGGCAAACAAGUGAUAAACCUCCACGAUAUUACUUGGCUGAGAAGAUUGUGUUUUCCAACAUCCCCCAGCUCAUUCAUUACCACCAACACAAUGGUGGUGGUUUGGUGACAAGGCUGCGGCAUCCAGUGUGUAGCUGGAAGGAGACAACCCCCAUAACUGCAGGGCUGAGCUACGGAAAAUGGGAAAUUGACCCCACACACUUGACCUUUGUUCAGGAGAUUGGCAGUGGCCAGUUUGGUUUGGUCAGACUAGCAUCUUGGCAAGGCACAAGAAAAGUGGCAGUAAAGAUGAUUCGAGAAGGAAUGAUGUCCGAGGACGACUUUGUGGAGGAAGCCCAGGUGUUAAUGAAGAUUUCUCAUCCUAAACUAGUUCAGCUACUAGGAGUUUGUACCCAGCAAGUGCCCAUCUUUCUUGUAUUUGAGUUUAUGGAACACGGCAGCCUUAACGACUUCUUGCGCAGGAAUCGGGGCACUCUGACACGAAGCACGGCUCUGGGUAUGUGUCAGGAUGUCUGUGAAGGGAUGGAGUAUCUGGAGACCUCGAACUUCAUUCACAGAGACUUGGCUUCUCGAAACUGUCUGGUUGGAGAAUCAUUGGUCGUUAAGGUGUCAGAUUUUGGCAUGACCAGGUUUGUUAUUGAUGACCAAUACACAAGUUCAUCGGGCACAAAAUUUCCUGUGAAAUGGUCAGCUCCAGAGGUUUUUCGAUAUGGACGGUACAGCAGCAAGUCAGACGUGUGGUCUUAUGGAGUACUGGUUUGGGAGGUGUUCAGCGAAGGGAAGACACCCUUUGAAUGCCUUAGUAAUGCAGAUGCUGUGGAAAAAAUAUCAAAUGGCUUGAGGCUCUUCAAACCUAAGCUGGCAUCAGAGAAGGUGUACCAGUUUAUGAACAGCUGCUGGCAGGAAAAUCCAGAGCACCGUCCAUCAUUCUGUCAUCUGAUGAAAGACAUCACAGAUAUGGCAGAUAUAGAAAUGUGACCUGAAUGAAGAUAUCAGAAAGUCCUUUAUGUUUGUUUGUGUGUUUAUGCCAGCACUGCACCAUAUAGCAGUGAAAAGCCUGUGCGUCAUGUGGCAGUGGUCUGCUGCUGUCAGGUGUUACAAGGAGAAAUGUUGUUAAUAUGGCAGACUUGCAACCCAUUGGGGGAGAUUUAUCAAACUGGUGUAAGAUAGAACUGGUUUAGUUCCCCAUAACAACCGAUCAGAUUCCACCUUUCAUAGCUCCUUUGGAAAAUGAAAGGUGGAAUCUGAUUGGUUGCUAUGGGCAACUAAGCUAGUUCUACUUUACACCAGUUUGAUAAAUCUCCCCAAUUAUGU